AUGAGAGCUGCCAAAAAAUAUGGCAUCUGUUUAAAAAAAAAAAUUUUAGAUCGACUAUAUCGUGAUCGACAUCAACAAUGUCCUCAAGAUCUCUACCAUACAAUGGCUGGAAAAGUAAAAAAACUAACAAAAUGCACACUAGCUCUUUUUAAUAAUGAAGGAAAUACUACGUUUAUAAAAAUAUGGAAAUCGAUUGAAUUGCCAAAGUUUUGGUCAAAAUUGCCAAAUCCUAUUACCCACCAGAGGAGUUUUAUGAUGUCUGACUUAUUUCAUCUUGCAAUGCUAAUGCCUCAUAUCUUGUAUCGUUUUCUAAGAAUUCAACAUAUUAAGGAGGGCAUUCUCACUGAUCUAGUAAAUACAAUAGGGUAUCAGCAUCGAGAUCAAGUAAUCAAUAUAAUCAUAAAAUGUUGGGUGUCUCUUUCUUAUUCUGUAAAACAAUCAUUUGCUAUUAAGUAUUCCGAUAAUCAUUUUGAAACUCUGUCCAAGGCAUUGCAAAAAGAACACUACUAUCUAACAAAGGUAUUCCCAGAAUCCUUUCUCAAUCUUCCAAAUCUCCAUAUCAAUAUACACCUAAUUGCAAAUGCCAAUAAUUAUGGAAAUUUGGUCAAUACUGCUUGUGGUGUCAAAGAGGCUAUGCAUGGUUUAUUCAAAUCUUUUGUUCCACAUACAAACAAAAUGAAUAUUGAUCUUGAUCUUUUAAGAUAUUACAAUAUACUUCAAGCAUUACGUUUUUGGCUUGACGGUAGGCAAGACGAACGUGUUCCAAACUCACGAUAUAAUCCAAAUUGUUCUUUGUUAAAACAAUUGCUCUCCAAAUGGUAUAUUACAAAAUCACCUGAUCUAAUUGAUGAUUCAGAAUUUAAAAAUGUCGAAGUAAAUG